AUGCUGCUGGAGUUGGGCGACAGUUUUUUGCGUUUGAUCUGCAGCGGGAGUUACAACCCGAAGCGGGACGCGGAGGAGCAGCUGCGGGAGCUGCAGCAGCGGGAGCCAGCAAAGCCGCACCAGCUGGAGGGGCUGCGGUGGCUGGUGCAGCAGCACGACAGGCAGCUAAAUGCCCUCCUUGCUGACGAAAUGGGACUUGGAAAAACUUUCCAAACAAUUGCACUUUUGGCGUUUCUCAAAGACGACAGACACUGCCCAGGCCCCCACCUCAUUCUUGCCCCCAAAAGCACCAUUGGUGCGGCUUAG